UGUUUUUAUGUUUAUCUCCUCUCGCGAAUGCAACUUCGGUGCUGACUAUUUAAGCGGCUGCUGCGACCAUUCGACUUCAUAUUAGUUUCUAAGCGGUGUUGGAUUACAGUUCGGGCGAUUAAGUGCCAAAGUCAAUUAAAUUUUAAACAUGAAAUUCUUCUGUGGAAUUGUGUUGCUAGCGAUUUUUGUGUCGGCAACCAGUGCUGAUGUUGCCGAAAAAUUGACCGAUGACAAAUCAGCCACGAAUGCAGAGGGAUCAGCGAAAGAAAAGCGUGGCAUUCAUUUUCACACGUACUCAUCGCCAUAUGUUUAUCACAGUCCAGUCAUUGUACAUCAUGCUGCCCCAAUUAUCCACCAUUCAGCACCAAUAAUUCAUCAUCCAUAUGUUGCCGCGCACGCCAUACACACUCCAAUCGUUUCACACCAUGUCAUUUCGCAUGCACCGAUUGUGGCUAUACAUCACUACAAACGACGCUAAUUUUCCAACGACAACCCGAACUACUUAACAGAACGAGAAAAAAAGCGAAAAAUUAUCCGCCUUAAAAGUUCAAACUAUAUUACUAUUUAAACGCGUUUUUUAUAUACUCAAUGAUAAUGAACAACCACACCGAAAAAAAUGGUAGAACGAUUUGUAACACCAUGACAAGGAAAUGCAAAAAUCAACUGAACAACAAAGAAAAACAAGUACCGACGUAACAUUCUAUUUUGUACGAAUUAAUUGACUUGAUGAAAUUAAAAGGAAUGAGAUUGGAGAUUUUACAACGAUUUUUUUUCGAAAACGACCGAUUGAUGUUAAAGCCAUUCUGUUUCAACUAUCUAGAUGAAACACAAAAGCAAAAGUUGAAAUAAAAUGAUUAAAAUCUAAGAAAAUUAUUCAA